GGCAAGGUGUGACCAACUGACCAAACCGCGCACGGUUGACGCGCAAUUUCAUUCGGCGCAACAUGUGAACGGAUCAUCUUCAUCAACCAUGUUGUUGAUCGUUGUCGCGAGCUUGUCAUUGACCUUGGUUACCUUUCGGAUGGCGUCAAUUGUUGGUGCUCAAUGGACAGCCGAAAUGAAGUGUCGAGAAUAUCGCAACCUGACGGUGUUGAGAACGGCGAUCAUUCCCUUAACCGCAAGACCGAUUCCGGUGUUCCAGGAGGUGUUCAACUGUUCCCACACUGUUGACGUGAUCGUUGGCGGUGAGGAGGCGCAGGAAGGUGAAUUUCCGCAUCAGGCUUUGAUCGGUUGGCCGGCGGAGGAGAAUCAUGAUGAGCAGUAUGACUUCCUCUGUGGCGGAUCGCUGAUUAGCGAGAGAUUUGUGGUGACUGCAGCUCAUUGUGGCUCUGAGAGUAGCAGAGGUCGCCCGGUGGUGGUUCGUCUGGGUGAGCACGACCUGGACAAUGAGCUGGAUCAUCAGGUGGAUUUCGAUAUCAUUGACAUUGUGAGGCAUCCGGAGUACAGAGGCAGAAGUGCCUAUUAUGACAUUGCGUUGAUUAAGUUGAAACGAACGGUGAAAUUUUCCUCCUACAUACGUCCAGCCUGUCUGUGGACAUCGAUAUCACUAAACUACACGACGGCAAUUGCCAGUGGAUUUGGUCAGUUGGGAUUCUUAACAAGCCCGGCUCGUAAACUGAAUAAAGUUUCAUUGCAAUUUUUCGGCUCGGAACGUUGCAACAAAGCCUUUCCAAGGAACCGCAAAAUGGAAACUGGAAUACGUGAUAGCCAGAUCUGUGCCGGUAGUGCCGAUGGACGGGACACCUGCAAGGGAGAUUCUGGUGGACCGCUUCAAGUGAGAACCGAAGAGAAGGGCUGUCUGUAUCAUCUGAUAGGGAUUAUUUCCUGGGGUCAGGAUGCCUGCGGCUACGGACACAGUCUGGCAAUCUACACUAGAAUUGCAUCCUAUGUGCGUUGGAUCGAACAAAUUGUUUGGGAAACAGAUAAGUGGAUUUGGGACUGAAUA